UGUCUCACUUUCAACUGUUUCCGACGAAGUAAUUAAUACCUGUCGUCCAAGAUGCCUACCUCAAAAGAAUUACCGCCUUCAACUGUCCCAUUCUUUCCUAAUCAAUUUUUUCGGAAUCAAUUCCGAACCAAGCCUCAAUAUCCGCCCCCUAGCACAAAUCUCUCAGAAAAAGUUGCCAUCAUCACAGGAGGAAAUACUGGUCUCGGACUUGAGGCCGCCACUCAACUACUCUCAUUCAAACUCGGUACUCUCAUACUUGCGGUGCGCUCUACCUCAAAGGGGGAGGCUGCUGCUGCGAAACUCCGGUCAAGAUACCCGAAAGCAACUAUCAAUGUCUGGAAGCUUGAUAUGAGUUCCUAUGAUUCAAUUCAGGAAUUUGUUGGACGGGUAAACACCCAGCUACCUCGCCUUGAUAUGGUUAUUCUUAAUGCUGGUGUGAGUAAACUCGAGUUCGGAACAGUCUCGAGUACUGGACACGAAGAGACAGUCCAGAUUAAUUACUUGUCGACUGCUUUACUUGCUGUUCUCUUGUUACCCGCCCUGAAGAGCAAGUCUCCACCUGGAACGCCCGGGCGGCUCACGAUGGUCAGUGCGGCACUCACCCUUGUCGCCAAGUUCCCAAAUCGCGAUGAAUCCCCUCUUCUGCCUUCAUUCGACAAUCCUAAAUACUGGGAUCCCAAUGAUCAGUAUUGCUCAUCCAAGCUCUUGAUGCACCUGUUCCUCUGGAAGCUUGUUGAUUACGUAUCGGCCGACGAUGUAAUCGUGAACCUAGCAGAUCCAGGAUUCGUCAAAGGUACUGAGCUUGGGCGUGACGUCACUGGCGGACAGCGCGUAGGGCUGUCAAUCUUCGCGUCUCUGACUGGUAGAAACAAGAAGCAUGGUGCCUCUACCUACGUAGACGCAGUCGUGAGCAAGGGCAAGGACUCUCAUGGAGGAUUUAUUAUGAGUUGGCAGAUCCAUCCGUUUCCCACUUUACUGUAUACAUCAGAGGGGCAGCAGAUUACGGAGAGACUUUGGGAUGAAACACUAGCUGAAUUUGAAUUCGCGAAUGCUCGUGGCAUCAUAGAGUCUAUGAAAGGAAAUUGAACCGAAGAAGAUAUAGCGUCGGCUAAGAACGUGGCGUAGUAAAGGAUACCUAUCUCGCAGUAGUUUGUUCAAGGUUAGGUAGCUAUUUAGUUGGUUGGGCUAUUGCUAUGUAUUAUUUUGAAAUACCUAUUUCUUUAAUUAUUAAGAAGAGUUAGUUUCGUUCUUAAGCGC